AUGGAGCUAAAUAGGAUUCCUGUUCACGGGGAGACAGAAUUAAACCGGCACCGCGCGUCCGCCGCUAGAACGGGUGCAUCGGAGUGCGGAGCGAAAGCGUCAGAUUGGGCGGGCGGCGGUCCGGAGGCUGCGAAACCGCCCCGUGGGCCCAGUGGCUCUCCGAACGCCGAGCUGAGCGCACGCCGCGCCGCGCUACGUUUCAAGCACCCGCCGGUACGCGUUACACUUACAAGCGCACGCAUGCAACCCAACACCUCACCCCCCAAUCGUGCCCCCCUCGCCCCGCUAUCCAACCCUUCCCCCCUCCCCCCCAAACCGACCACCAUAGCGCGACCUCAAGGUGGAUAC